CAGCACGCGCUGAGUGAGAUGACCCUCUCUUUGCUGUGUAGUGAAAGAGUUUCUCACUUUUUUUGUGAUUUCCGCGUGACAGAGGGAGAGUGAGAUGGAGGAGGGCACCCUGGGGCAUCGGGACAUGCCCUCACCCCGCAUCUAUGUAGAGAGGACUUUGGCUUUGAUCAAACCCGACGCUAUAGAGAAAGCAGAUCAAAUCGAGGAUAUAAUACUUAAGUCAGGAUUCACUAUUCUGCAGAAACGUAAGCUUCAGCUGAGCCCCGAGCAGUGUAGUGACUUCUACGCCCAGCACUACGGACAGCCAUAUUUUCCAAGUGUGACAGCAUUUAUGAGCUCUGGCCCAGUUAUGGCACUUGCUCUGGCGAGACAUCAUGCCAUCGCUACCUGGAAAGAUCUGAUGGGACCAAGCAACAGCGUCAAGGCCAGACAAACCCAUCCGAAAUGCCUCAGAGCUAGAUUCGGGACGUCUGACUUGAGGAAUGCCGUGCACGGCAGCGAAACAUUUUCAACGGCCGAAAGAGAACUCAGGUUCAUGUUUCCCAACUCUGUAAUUGAAGCCAUUCCUAUGAGUGAAGCUGCCACAGAUUACCUGAGCAGGUAUAUAAAUCCAACACUCCUCACCGGCCUUGCUGAGCUGUGCAGAACAAAACCCAUCGAUCCAUGUGUAAACAUGGCUGGCUGACUGGCUGAUUCAAAACAACCCAAAUAAACCCAAAAUAAGUGGAGGAACUGUAGAUAAAGAUGCAGCUUGAACAUAAUUGAGAACAGCUUUACUUUUAGGGUUUCAGACAGAUAUUGUUCCAGCUAAAAAUAAUUUCUAUUAAAAAUCAAUCUGCAUUGAGACAUUA